AUGUAUCCUCAGUACUGGGACUCAGCGCGGGCCCGCAAACCGGAUUACCGGAGAUUCACGAUAGUGGAGGGGGACGCUCGGCUCUCUCUGGGAUCCACCGGGACCAGACUCCACACGGCGCUGCAGGAGCAGGCAGACUGCGGCGGCAGACCGAACCCGGAAGGUGCCGGUGGCUCGGUUCCGGUGAGGGACGUGGAACCGGGAUGGCUGUGCGUGCGGUGCCACGCAGUGAGUGAAGACCUGACCCGGCAGGCGCUGAGCCUGACUGACCCGCUGUCAAUCAAAGAUCCGGCCUACGCCGCCUUCCUCUUUGAUAAACUGCAGCGCCUCCGGUGGCCUCAGAGGGGAAGACAUGAGUUCGGCGAGGCCCGCUGCCAAGUCUGCAGUACUUCUUUCCACCACCUGAGGCGCCAGGCACUCCGCAGAGCCCUUGCCACCGCUCCCGAACUGUCGUGCACUGCCACACCCAGCGUGGCGUCCUUGCUAUCGGACCCGCACCUUGCCAAACAGCAGGAGAACCCAGAGAACAGGCCUGGCGGGCUGCUGCAGGCCUGGGGUCAGGUCCACAGCACGUACCUGGGCAGCGGUGUGUCCAUGGGGCUCGCAAAAGUCACGCCGCUCCCUGUCAAGACACAGGACUUCCUGGAGGGCGUAUGGAGAGUUUCCUGCUCCAGACAGAACCCAUCCACGCAGCAGCUGUUGGUGUGGCUCCUGUCCAGCUCUGCGAAGAUACCCCCUGACAGGGUCGCAAACGGGUCAUCCACCCGUGGCAAUGGGUGUCCAUGCGAGAAUAGAGCAGCAGCACUAGGCAGCCCUUUCCUCCAGCUCCACAUGGAGUUCCACACGGAGCUCCGCACGGAGCUCCACACGAAGCUCCACAUGCAGUUCCACACGGAGCUCCACAUGCAGUUCCACACGGAGCUCCUGACGCAGCUCCACACGAAGCUCCACAUGCAGUUCCACACGGAGCUCCUGACGCAGCUCCACACGGAGUUCCGCACGGAGCUCCACACGAAGCUCCACAUGCAGUUCCACACGAAGCUCCACAUGCCGUUCCACACCUCCACAUGCCGUUCCACACGUAGCUCCACACGAAGCUCCACACGUAGCUCCACACGAAGCUCCACACUUCCACACGAAGCUCCACAUGCCGUUCCACACCUCCACACGGAGCUCCACACGAAGCUCCACACGAAGCUCCACACGGAGCUCCACAUGGAGUUCCACACGAAGCUCCACAUGCAGUUCCACACGGAGCUCCUGACGCAGCUCCACACGAAGCUCCACAUGCAGUUCCACACAAAGCUCCACAUGCAGUUCCUCACGGAGCUCCACAUGGAGCUCCACACAAAGCUCCACACGAAGCUCCACACGGAGCUCCACACGGAGCUCCACACGAAGCUCCACACAAAGCUCCACACGGAGCUCCACACGAAGCUCCACACGAAGCUCCACACGGAGUUCCACACGAAGCUCCACACGGAGUUCCACACGAGACAAGGUUUUAUGAUGUUGAAAAAUAAUGCAGAGGAUUUGGAUCUAAAGCUUAAAUUCAGGGUCGAUGAGUUUGACGACAUUGUUUUUGGUCAAAGUUCAGACACAGGGAGCGUCCACGUGACCAUGGCUGCUUCCCCCCUGGACAUCCAGUCAAAGCCGGCAGCCCACAACAUUGCCACGCAGACUUCCCCUCCUCCCUCUGCCACCGCUGCCUUUUUCAGCAGGGCUGCUCAGAAGCUCAGCCUCUCCAAGCGGAGGAAGUCUCAUCCUGCAACCCCCCAGUCCCUGGCUGAGGCCCCGGGGCCCCUGCUCUACACUGGGGGCUUCAGAGGGGCCCUGCAGCUGUCACCUCCCGCCGUGCCACCAUGCCUCCUGCGGGCCGGGUCCAAGGUCAAAGACGCCCCUGGGAUGGGGAAGGUCAAAGUAAUGGUCCGGAUCUGCUCGGUCCAGAGUGACUCGUCUGAGUCCAUAUCCUAUCUCAAAGUGGACUCUCGCAAAAAGCAGCUGACCCUCUGCGACGCCUCGGCUGGCGGUCAGUCCAGCGCUCCCCAGAGGCGUUCGUCCACCUCCGCACCAAAGAUGUUCGCCUUCGAUGCCAUCUUCUGUCAAGACACCUCACAGGCUGAAGUGUGUUCAGGGACAGUGGCAGAUGUUAUCCAAUCAGUGGUGAACGGAGCAGACGGCUGCAUCUUCUGCUUUGGACACGCUAACCUGGGUAAGACCUACACCAUGAUCGGCCGAGACUGCUCCACUCAGAGCCUGGGUGUGAUGCCCACAGCCAUCUCCUGGCUCUUCAAGGUGAUCGAGGAGCGGGAGGAGAAAGCCGGCGUGCGUUUCUCGGUGCGUGUUUCCGCUGUGGAGAUCUCCGGCCGUGAGGAGACGCUGACCGACCUGCUGGCCGACAUCUCCUCCUCCUGCUCCUCAGGGAGCCUCCAGGAGGGCCAGGCCCCAACAGUUCUCCUGCAGGAGGACCCUGUGAGCGGCUCACAGCUGCAGAACCAGACGGAGCUGCGAGCAGCCACAGCAGAGCAGGCUGCCUACUUCCUGGAUGCGGUGCUGGAAGCCCGGAGCACCAGCAGGAGACGCUGUGACAAGGAGACCAGGAGGAACUCGCACCUCCUCUUCACCCUCCAUGUCUACCAGCACCGCCUGGAGAAGAGCACCAAGGGAGCAUUGUCUGGUGGUCGUAGUCGUCUCCACCUCUUAGACCUGGGUAGCUGUGAGACAGACGUUGGACGGACGAGAGAGGGGGGUGGAGGACAGUGUCUCUCGCUCUCUGCGUUGGGAAACGUCAUCCUUGCUCUUGCCAAUGGAGCCAAACACGUCCCCUACAGGGACAGCAAGCUCACCAUGCUGCUGAGAGAGUCCUUGGGCAACAUCAACUGCAGAAGCACCAUGAUCGCCCACAUCUCCGACUCCCCGGCCAGCUACAUGGAGACGCUCACCACGGUGCAGCUGGCCUCGCGCAUCCACCGCAUGAGGAAGAAACGAGCCAAGCAUGCAUCGAGUUCAUCUGGUGGGGAAAGCUCCUGUGAGGAGGGCCGGUCCUGCCGGCCACCACACCUUAAACACUUCCACCAACCGACGGUGGCAUUCGAUCCAGAUGCACCUGUGUUACUCUCCAGCGAUCCAGAUUACUCGUCUAGCAGUGAGCACUCAUGUGACACUGUCAUCUACAUAGGACCUAGUGGAGCUGCCAUCUCCGACAGAGAGCUGAGCGAUAAUGAGGGACCGCCUGCCUUUGUUCCCAUCAUCCCCUCACUGAACAAGAAGCGGGUCAAGGACCGGCCCAAGUCUGAUGGGGACCACUUGAAGUGUAACACAUUUGCAGAGCUACAGGAAAGACUUGACUGCAUCGAUGGCAGCGAGGGCCCGAUUGCCCUCAUAGGUCAGUGCAGAGCUGCACAAGCAACAGUAUCCAAGAAUCAGAGUGGAGCUAUGAAACCCAUGGAGGUGACAUCACCCUCUAAACCAGAACAAGCCCCCUCCCAGAAAGUGUCAGAACAAUCAGAGACUAACCAGAUGAAUAAACCAGAUCAGGAACAUUUAAAUGCAGAUGGGCAGAGGGCUGUAGCACCACCCUGUCUGCCCCGUGUGGUGAAGCCCAGCAGGGCUUUUCCACAAGACUCAGAGCCUGCGGUGCGGGAGAGGGUCUUUAUCACAGCAACCGCCCCCAGACCCUCUAUGGCGGACAGCAGAACGCCCCCGCUGGGUGUGAGUCAAGGCCCAGUGCAGUCAGAAUUAUCAGGAGUUUCUUCUGUCAUGGAAGGGACUCUUCAUCAUCCCACACAUGUGAACCAUGUCCAGGCAGCCAUGCUGGGAAGGUGCUUUGACAGAGAUGCUCUGAGGACCACAGUGACACUGCAGCAGCCUGUUGUGCUCAAUGGGGAGGAUGAACUCGUGUUUACUGUGGUUGAGGAUCUGCCUUUUGGGUUCAUCCCAGAUAAUGGCCAUCCCACCAGCAUCCUCGGCUUUAGCAAUGACUUCUCUGUGCAGGCUGUGGCCUCGGGCUCUCGACCUGUUAGUAUUAUCAGCAGCAUUAAUGAUGAGUACGAUGCAUACACAUCCCGGAACAGGGCCACUGAGAUUUGCUCUGAUGUUGCCUCAACCUCACAGGAUGCACCUCUGACCCAGCAUGUCAGCAAACAUUCUUCCAUCUCAUGGCCAAGUGAAGUCAGUAUGAACACACUUGAAAGUAAAAGCACCUCUCCAACAGGUAAACUCUUGCAAAGAGCUAAAUGUGUAGCACCUGAGAAUAUUUCCAUGCUGACCUCGCCUACAAUAUUUCGUAAAGAACCCUUUCUACCACAUGGUGCCAAGAGCUCACUGAAUGACAGCGGUGUCUACUUCUCAGAGCUAGACAGUGACCCUGCCACCCCAAAUAAACCUUCCUUAAACAAGUGCCCGCUCUCCCCGGACUCAACCAAAGCCAUCCUGAAAGGUUCCAAAGUUAAAGCCAAUACUCUGAACACUUCAGCACAGCCCCAGAUCUCCCAUCAUGCCACCCAUUUCAGUCUUCCCAGGAAAACCAAGCCUACCUCAUCUGCUGUCCUUGGCUGCAGCAAACAGGAAGGCAGACAGGAUGACCUUUGGCUUCAGGGGAGUGGUCGCUCUGACCUAAGAGAGGCAGAGCAUUCCUCUGCAGGUAAACAACCAAGAAACAGUGUGAGCAGUGUUCCCUCCAAGAAGCCAGGAGGAAACAGUAACAGUGUACCUCGGCCACCAAAGGCACAAGUGUCCUCAGCACAGAGGGUGGUGGACGGCUGCGAGAAGGUCAGCAGUAGACGAGGAGAAACACUUGUUAAAAUGCCACAGCUCACACGAGGGGCAACAACUCUUGGAACUGUUUCUAUCUCCCACAAUUCCUCUGAAUCAAAAUGUGGACAUGAAGGCACUUCAGGAACUGGAAGUCUGAAGUUUUUAUCCUUAGGAAAGAAGUCAAAUGGACACAAAAGCAGCAUGAUCCCCAAGUCAGGAUCUGGAAACUUCUCUCCUCCUGCCCCAUCUAUCAGGCAGCUGUUUUUGGAUCAAACUACAAAGACCAGUUUAUCUCCAAGUGCCUUAAAAACAAGUGGUGAAUUUGGACAGUCCUCAUUCUCCAAAAUGACAGCAACAGAGGAGGAAGUUAACACAAGGCUCCGAGCAGAUUCCUUCAGCUACAAGAUGCCCAGCUUAAAAACUGAACAUGGCCCUGUUCGGAUAUCGUCAAGCCUAAAGACCCGAGGAGCCAAAGGGGAUUCUUCUAAAUACUAUGGGAGUUAUGUGUCUCUUGAGAGGACCGACAGUCUAACCUCAGUGGGGUUAAAAUCUGGGUUGUCCAGAGAAAACAGCGGUGCCAGCCUUGGAGGAAACAGCAGAUCCAGUAGAGCUGUUCCAAGACUCGGGGUUCCAGCUUCUACCUCCCCACCUGCUCAUUCCUUCCCAUCUUCUCCUGGAGGUUUUGCAAUGACAAGCAAACUGAGCCAGGUCAAAGGAGGUGUCAGUUCCAAGGCAAUGGUUUCCAGUGGGCCAAAGGCUCGGACUUUGUCUGCCAGUAGUUCCAAGAGCCUCAGUUUCCCCUCAAAAUCUCUUGACAGCACCGUGGCACGCAAUGCCAGUCUACCUCCAACUGGGAAGUCCCCAGCUCGCUCUGCAAUGGGAGCCAAGCCUGGAAGAGGCACUGUCAUGGGGACGAAGCAGGCCAUAAGCCGGGCAGCUAACAGUAGGGUUAGCGAGCUAGCCACAGGAAGCCAAAAAAAGCAGCUCAGCAGAGGGUCAGAGGUAACACGAAACGACAGCAACAAAGUUGGGUCUUUUGUCAGCUCACCGUUGCCCUCACCCUACAGCAAGAUCACAGCACCACGGAGACCACAGCGCUACAGCAGUGGGCAUGGUAGUGACAACAGCAGCAUCCUCAGCGGGGAACUACCCCCUGCCAUGGGCCGCACAGCCCUGUUUUACCAUAGUGGGGGCAGUAGCGGGUAUGAAAGUAUGAUCCGAGAUAGUGAGACCACAGGCAGCACCUCAUCAGCCCAUGACUCCAUGAGUGAGAGUGGAGUGUCAUCAUCAAAUAGGAGCAGAGUUUCAAAGUCGCCCAAGAAGAGAGGGAAUGGUUUCCAGCGGCGGCGUCUGAUCCCAGCUGCCCUACCAGACUCUGCCUCUCUGGGCAGAAGAGGUGGCGCUUCGGGACAGUGGGUGGGUCUUCCUCCGCUGGGUGGAGCCCUGAAGGAGCCCUUUGAGAUUAAAGUUUAUGAGAUCGACGACGUGGAGCGCCUCCAGAGGAGGAGAGACGGACUCACAGGAGGAGAGCAGCCGUUCCAUGACGUGGAGAAGGGUCUUCUGUACUUCAACACCCGUCUGAGGAUGUUGGAGAAGCGGCAGCAGCAGGUCAGGGAGCUUUGCAUCAAACACGAGAGCCUGAAGACGGAGCUGGAGGAGACCAAACACCUGCUGAUGCUAAACCCACAUCGCUGGACUGGAGACUUUGAUGUGGAUAAGGAUCUGGACCCGGAGUCUCAGGAGUACCUGGAGGCUCUGGUUCAGGUCACAGGUGAGCUGGAAUACUGCGUCAACCUCUGCAAGUCGCGCCUCAUGAUGGAGACCUGCUUUGACAUCGCCAUAUCGCAAGGAGGACAACCGGAAGUGGAGGUGUGA